CCUUUAGUCCACCUAGAAACAGGAGCUGUGCAAGGUGUUUACGCUUCAUCCACUGCAGGAAGGAAAUUUUCUGCAUUUCGAGGAAUUCCAUAUGCAAGACCUCCAACAGGAAAGUAUAGAUUUAAACAUCAAGUUUUAAAAUGUUUCAAUGUUUACUUUCAGCUCUUUACAAUGGAUUCUUCGCCUCCGAGAGAAGUCUUGGUUUUCAUUCACGGAAAAACAUUUAUGUCUGCCACUGAGCUGAAACAUGAUCCAUCUCAUCUAAUGGAUAACAAUAUUGUGGUGGUCACAUUCAAUUACAGACUAGGCAUUUUGGGAUUUCUGAGCACCGAAGAUGAUGUAGCACCAGGUAAUUUUGGAAUGAAAGAUCAAGUAUUGGCUUUACAUUGGAUUCAAAAAAAUAUUGCUGCCUUUGGAGGCAAUCCUAUGAGAGUAAUUAUAGCAGGAUCAUUAGCAGGCGGAGCCAGCGUGCAUUACCAUUAUUUUUCAUCAAAUUCACAAGGAUUAUUCCAUGGAGGAAUGUCAUUUGCUGGAACAGCACUAUCACCAUGGGCUCAAGCGUAUAAGCCACGAGUUCAGACAAAUAAAUUGGCAGAAAUUUUAGGAUGCAGUACAUAUUCAUCUGGUGAUUUAAUUGACUGCCUUCGAUAUCGUCCUGCUAGAAAAAUAAUGCAACAAACAAAACAUUUUCUGUUCCUCUACUUCUCAAAAGAAAUUGGAACAAUUCCUACAAGCCCUUUUGGACCCACCAUUGAAACAAUGGGAAAAACUCCAUUUAUAAAUAGGCAUCCAGGAGAAAGUUUACUAGCAGGUGCAAUUCAAGAUUUGCCCUGGGUAACAAGUACAACUAUAGGGAAUGGAUUUGAUCCAUUAUCAGUAAGCGAGUCAGCUUUUCAAUUUCUCAAUGAAAAUUUCCAUAACAUUGCUUCAAUAGUACUCAAUUUCAAUCACACAGUAGCUCCCACUAUGCACAGGAAAAUCAGUGAAAAUAUUUAUCAGCAAUACAUUGCAAAUGCAUCCACUCCGGAAGCCGCAUUACUUGGAUAUCAGCAAUUAUUGAUCGAUCGCAUGUACACUGCGGAUGCCGAGAGAGCAGCAAGAAUGAUGGCAUCCAUUAACUCAGCUCCUGUAUACUUUUAUGAUAUUCCCAACAAAAGUUUAAAAGAUAAACUUGCAAGUCUACAAAACGAUGUUCCAGAAAAUCCAGGAAUUGUAAUUCGUAAUGAAAUAGAAUACGUUGAACCAACACUGUAUGCCAGAGAAUAUUUUGAAGAAGGUAGAUCUCUGUUCAAAUUUCUUACCAAAGUUUUUGUGAAUUUCGUGCAAACUGGGAAUCCGACACCCAGCAUUGGUGGAGGGGAAUGGCUUCCUCUGAUCCCAAACUACAAGGAAAUCAACUAUCUUUGUAUCUCCAGCAGUACAGCUGUCGAAAUGAAGUCGUCUUUAGAGCUAGGUAAUAGAAAAUUCUGGGACUCAUUACCUCUUCAGGAUCCGUCGAGUAUUGCUUUUAAAGUCAAAAUGUUUUCACAUUCUUCGGAGUUGUAAAUGCAAUUAUUUUAUCAUGAACAAUCUAUAAUUUCAUAAUAACGUGUAAAAACAACACUUUUUAGAAUUAAAAGUUAAGUGGUGGUGAUAAUGUAAUAGAAUUAUCAUUUGUGACGGUCCUAACCAAGGAAGACUUCAUUUCUACUGUAUUUUAAAUUGUAACAUAGGUGAAUUAAAACAUAAACAUUGAUAUGUGUUGUUGUUUGUCAUUUCUAUUUAUUUAUUUACGUCAAAACAGUUCAAACCUGGAUGACGUGCUAUGGGAGAGAA